UCAGUGUCCAUUUUAAAAUUGAAUAAUAUCAAAAUUUUCAAGUUAAAUAUUGUAAUUAAAGAAUAAUAAUUUUGAUAAUAAAAUGGGCAUAAGAAGCUCAGCCCCAGUUAAAUCAAACAAUCUCAGAGAACGUUUAAAAAAUAACCACCAUCAUUAUCAUCAUCAUCAUGACCACAAUGAUCCAUUAACUAGCACAGAUGGACAAAUACCAUCAUCAUCACCACCAUUAAGAAAAUAUAAAUAUGAGAAUAAAAAAUUAACAACAAAUCCAUUUUUAAUAUUCUAUCUUCGUCUUAAAAGUAAAAAACCAAGACAACAUGUCACAGUUAUUGCUAAAAUUGCUGGUAAAUUGUGGACAAAAAUGACACCAGAACAACGAAAAAAAUACAUUGAUAUUGCAGAAGCUGAAAAAAAACGUAGAGAAGAAAAAAAAAGAAAAAAAAAGAGAAAAAAACAUUACAUAUCAAAUUCAUUGAAAAAAUAA